AAACGUGACUUCGUAAAAUUAAGACUUGGCGAAAAUGGGAGGUUGUUGUUCUUCUUCCGAAAAUCUGCCGCUUCCCCAAACACCAGUGUACUAUUAUUACCCACCGGUUUCAGAAGAGCAUGCACCAUCCACUAAAUUGGAUAGCCCGAAGAAGGUGCAGCUAUUCGAACUUAUGAAAUCGAAUUCGUUAACUGUUUCAGUAACAGAUGAAGAGGAUGUUUGUCCCACUUGUCUCGAAGAGUAUGAUUCGGAGAAUCCUAAGAUCACAACCAAGUGUAACCAUCACUUUCACCUUUCGUGCAUACUCGAGUGGAUGGAAAGAAGCGACACUUGCCCCAUCUGCGAUCAGGAAAUGAAAUACGAAAGCCCUUUUCCAACUCAGAGUUGACUCGUCGAACAUGAAUAUUAUUUAUGCAUAUGAUUCUUUGCUCUGUAUAUACACAUUCAUUCAUCUCACAAUCAAGAAACUUUGUAAAAUAGUCCAUACAUAUAUAUGUGUGUGUGUGUAUAUAUAUGUAUGUAAAUAGGAAGGUUAUUCUUUUGUGUUUACAGAUGUAUAGGUGCUCUUUUUGUAUGUAAUAUUUGUGCAGUGAUGUGGUCAAGAAUAUUUUAUUUUGACCUAAAUUUAUCUUCGAAAUUGGUUUACG